GGCCUAUACGUGGAAUACCUGAGCGACGACACGAAUAUCAUGUUAAGUAGGACUCGAAGAAUCAAAACCUGUUAUAUAGUUCAGGACGAAAGGGAACGCAUACUGACGGGUCUGACGGCUAAGCAGGCGAUGCUCUACGCGUCCAAACUGAAGAACCAGUCGUCCGAUGGCCAGCCCGUUGAUCAUCACUGGAAUGUAGAGUCCUUGAUGUUUGAGUUAUUAAUACUGAAUACUAUAGACACGAAUGUGGAGGACUUGAGUGGCGGCGAACAGAAACGACUGGUCAUCGCCAUGGAACUGACCUCCGAAGUGAAGCCUAAUCUCAUUUGCAUCGAUGAGCCCACCAGUGGUCUCGACAGUAAUGCCGCUGAAGUGGUGAUCGAGUGCUUGAAAAGAUUGUCUCAAAAGCACAACACAUGUGUCAUAACAUCCAUACAUCAGCCAAACAACGACUUACUGAUGAUGUACGACAAGCUGUACGUAUUGGCCAAAGGGGGACAGGCGGUCUACGCGGACAGACCCCAAAACCUAUGUCCGUACUUAGCCCAGUGCGGUGUGGACUGUCCCAAAGGGCAACUACCCAUCGAAGUACUGCUCAAACACUGCUGUAAUCCACCCAACGAUCCGAUGAUCCAACAAAUGGUUGCCACGACUCGGGUGUCGGAAAACCGAGUGAUUAGCGAUCGAUGCGCUGACGAGACGAUUGUCAGUCCCGAUGGCGUCCAGAGACUGACCAAACGUUUCCUUUUAAAGGACUUAUGGCUACUAUUGUCGCGAAAUAUAACUUAUACUUACCGCUAUUAUUGGCGAUUCUUAUUACUACAGUUCCUGGUAUUCACGGGCACGGCCGUGUUUUUGCGGUUUAUAUUUAAUUCAGAUAUAGGAGUUCCCUCGGCGUGCAUCAACUUUGAGGACGAUUUUAACAACACGUGCGCUAAAAGCGAGAAAAGUAUCCAGGAUGAGGAGCUGGUGAACAAUAAUAUAAAGUAUAACUUCUUCCUCGUAAUGGUCAUAUUGUUUUUCAAACUCGUCUUAACAACGCUUACGUUUUCGGCUGAUUUGAAGACUUUCUUCAAUGAGCAACGAAAUGUGUGGUACAGCACCGGCGUCUACUACUGGUCCAAAGCCAUUGUUGAGUUGAUCCCUACGGUAAUGGAGUGCCUGCGAAACCUAUGCAAAGCCCAUUCGAUGGCAAUCAUAACGAGUAUACAUCAGCCAAACAGCGAAAUAGUCAUGUCGUUUGACACGGUGUACGUGUUGGCGAGGGGUGGCCACUGUGUGUACAGCGGACUACCGGCCCGUAUAGCCAGCUAUUUGGACGACUCAGACAUUGUGUGCGACGAAAACCAGGUGCCGAUCGAGCAGUUACUUAAACUGGCGACCAUUGACUGCACUCAACACGAGUACACCCGAGUGCUCAUAUCCAAGACCAGGGAUGUGCUGAAGCUGUCGGUGCUGAGCGGGUGCGACGGCGGCGCCGACUAUAAACUGCGGCCAAACGGCAUAAAAUUCAGGCCUAAAUCCUACAAACCCGUAGACAUGUGGCACAUAAUGAUGAGGUGUAUGGCCUGCAUAUAUGCCUCGCAGUGGAAAGUAAUUGGCGUCCAAUUGGCGUAUUACGUGUGGUUUGCGGUGACCACGUGUUACAUGUUUAACGAGCACAUCGGUAGGCCGGACGCCUGUUUCAAUCCGGACGGACUCGGGAACAGUACCUGUCUUAAGGAAUUGGAGAACGAUUCCCUACUUUACCAGAACCAGAAUUUUAUAUUCUUCACCUCGGUCAUGGCACUGUUUAUACAUCUGUGCGCCACCACCCUGGUGUACCUCAAUGAUGUCAAGCUAUUGAUUAGUGAACACCAAAAUGUUCCUUAUUGA